GUAUCUCACCAGCGGUCACACUACAGGAGGCAAGCAGCCUCACAGCACAUUCUGACCCUCAAACACAGGCUUGGAGAGAGAGACCGAAUCAGCACCUCACACACAUUGACAGAAACUGCUCGCUCCAGAGUGAGGCUCUCUUUACUCAACCAGCAUCACUAUCUUUCCUCUCGCUCUCUCUCUCUCUGACAUGGAGCUCCACAACAUCCGACACCACCACAGCCACCGGACCGACGACAAGCUCCAGAUGCUGAACCUCAACCAACGCCUGGAGACCUACCUGGGCCGAGUGAGGCUGCUGGAGGAGGAGAACAAGCUACUAUGUCAGGAGAUCCAGGCCCUGAGAGGCAGCGGCCAGGGGGGGCGGAUGGGCCUGGAGGACAAGCUGAGCCUGGCCAGGCAGGAGGUGGAGGAAGCCUGGAGGGAGAAGGACCGGGUGGAGCUGGAGCUAGGGAGCCUGGGUGAGGAGCUCCAAGCCCUGGGGCUGCAGAGACAGUGGGAGGCGGACGCCCAUGGGGAGGUGAAGAAGAAGCUGGCAGACAGCAGGAAGGAGAUGGAGGAGGAGAGGAGGGCUCAGAUCUGGUUAAGAGAGAAGGUGAGCCAGCUAGAGAAACAAAUCCAGUUCCAGAUACAAACCCACCAGGAAGAUGUUGCCGGCUUCCAGGCUACACUAAUCCAUGUCAGACCUGCACUGCCACCCCCUCCACCCCAAACGGGCACCCAGCUACCCAGCCUCCAGGAGCUGGGUGAAGAGUACUCCCAGAUGGCUGUCAGGGCGUGGCAUGAGGCGGCCAUGGUGUUUCAGGGCCAGGUGAACAGCCUGGAGGAGUCUCUAAACCAGGCCAGAACCCGGUUGGCCCAGGUGGGCCAGGAGAAGAUUGAGAGCCAGCUGAAACUUCAGGCCCUAGAGAAUGAGCUGGCAUCAGCUCAGGAUAGGAGGCAGUAUCUGGAGAGGAGUGUGGUCCAACAGAGAGACAGGCAGAGGCAGGAGAUACAAAACCUGCAGGUAAGAACAGUUAAAGUAGCCGACCCCUGGUCUUUAGUGUGGGCGUAUUCAUGGGUGUGUGUUUAUUCAUGUCAAUUUCUCAUAGGUAACUUUGUUAUAUCAUUGUCAUUUGCCAAUUAAAUCAUAUAAUAGUAUCAAUUAGCUUAUUUAGAACUCCUGUUCACCUGAACUGAGACUGAAGCCAUAAAAGUGAAAUUCCUAACCUUACUAUUAAAUUCCCUUGAAUAAUCAUGCAUUGUUUAAAACGUCUUGUGUGUGUUGUCUGAAUGUGACUGCUGUCUGGGAUUUAGAACCUUCAAAUGAUUUCAGUCCAAAGACAAAUGACAAUGUGCUUAUUGUGUAUCUUGCCAGUUAAUCCAGACAGCUGGAGCUACUUCCAGUUAUUUCCAGCACAGGGGGUGGGGGUGAGCAGACCAGAGCAAAACAAAACGUUUGAAAUGUCAGUCAUAGUAGAACAUUUUUCAAAUGGACAUGGCCCAAAUAAAAAUGGGGAAAAUAUGGUAAUUUUAUUAAAACGAACAGAGGUGUUUUUAUCCAAAUGAGUCUGAUGAUAUCUAUGAUGUAGAAACAUGCCAACUGAGUAUCUCUGAGAAGCCUUAUGUUGUGCUCCCUUUCUUUUUAAAUGCUAAUUAAAUGUUUGGACAGAAACGACAUGGUGGGGCUCUGGGUAUUAGUUCCAGGUCAUAAUUUGUCCAGAAAGGUAAAAAAUCCAGACUGGGGCCCAACCAUUAGAUGCAGGGAACACAAUAUGGAACAUUCUAUGUUCUAUUCUGGGCAUAAGCUCUUGCCAUGGGGCCAGGAACCAGAAUUCAGUGCCUUCAAUACCUGUUCAUGUGCUAUAGUUGGAUGACAACAAUGCCAUUUCUAAUAAAUUAUCUUCCCUUUUCCUGUUCCACAGGCCCAUCUGGAGGUGUUGGAGAUGGAGAAGGGGGCUCUGGGAGAUCAGAUUGACACUCUCCUGAUAGAAAGUAGGGGUCUGCUGCAGCUGAAGAUGUCUCUAGGCAUGGAGGUGGCCACAUACAGGUACGAUACAUCUCAGUACAUAUAUCAGACACCACAUACUUCUCUCAUCAUCCCUUUAGCACUAAACUAUAGACAUUUUGGGCCAAAUGCUAAAGGGUAACUAGUAAAUCAUGCAUUGAUGUCAAUUGGAGCUUUGCUUGAAAACAUUAGUUGUAUAAAAUGAUCUCAAGUUGGACUUCAGUCUUAACUAGCUUGUUUUCCUUGUCUGUUUUUCUUCCCAACCACUGAUCUGAUAGACCAUAACAGGUGAAAGCAUUAUGAUGGCAAUCCAUCCAAAUAUUUUACUUAUCAGCUGUAGAGGAAAAGGAGACAAGGGGAGGAAGCCAUGAAAGACCAUUGGCACACAGCCAAAGGUGAUCAGAGGUAGUCAUUAUUUUAUGUAAGAGAGGCGUGGGAAGGUUCAAAUAAAAGCGUCAACAGCUGAAAAAAGCAACACCAAGCCCACGUAUGUUUGAUAUCUGUAGAAAAGCCUGCCGAUCAGAAUAUGGAAAUUGAGGUUAAUGUUCCACUCAUCCCAUCUUCACUAAUAUUUUCCCCUUCUUCUUCGUGGUCCUCUGUAGCUCAAUUGGUAGAGCAUGGCGCUUGUAAAGCCAGGGUAGUGGGUUCGAUCCCCGGGACCACCCAUACGUAAAAAAAAAAAAAAUUAUGCACACAUGACUGUAAGUCGCUUUGGAUAAAAGUGUCUGCUAAAUGGCAUAUUAUUAUUUUCCAAGAGUUAUUUUUCUUUUUUUGCCGAUUUGUGAGAAAGCCAUCAUUAUUAGCCCCAUGCCAAUACUGAUUCAGAUGUCUAGUUUACAACAUUCAGAGAUGCCUUUUCAACUGGGAGUUAAGACUGAGCCCCAUCACCCCUCCCCCUGUGAGAAUGUGGAACAAUAUGUAGAUGUCCAAGGUCUGUUGUCCAAUGGGGCUCAGCCGUCUGGCCUAAAGGUCAUCACCUUGAAAAGGCCAGUCUCGGCUGUCUUGAGCAGGGUAACUUUAUAUGGGCCUCUAUAGUGGCGCCUCUCUCUUUCCCUUGGCCUCUUCCCCCUCCAUAGUGACCCCAAGGUAUCAGCAGGGAAUGACCAACGUAUGAGCUAUGGGAGUCUAGAGUAACAGGAAUAAGAGGCAGGGGGAGAAGCAGAGAGCAAGUCUCAAAGAGAUUUACUAAAUGCAUUAAAUUCAUAUUAUCUGCACCUAUACAGUACAGAAUGUCAUUCUGGGAUCAUAUUGGGAUAUUCAUGUGCACCAGUUUAUAAGUAUUUAUAAGUAUUGUUUCAUUAGAGAUGCUGGUCUGAAUGUGUGUUGGAAUGGGCAUGGUCCACAUCUGUGAAUACAAAUUGUAUUGUAGUUCUGCUUGAGCUAAUCAGAAUGUCAGGGCGUGCAUGCCUGUAUUUUAGGCUGUGAGUAUGUGAGAGGGGGAAUUGAUGGCAGUGGUGUGCACUGCAGAUGGCUCGUCAAUGACAAUGUCGUCCCUACAUUUCCAUAACAACAGAUCUCAUGUUGGCAACAAAAGCCCUCCCCCUUCACUCCUCUCACCCCACCCUAUGACACAUCAUUUCAGAAUACCCCCUAGUAUGGCCAAACUAAAAUUAUUUUGGUUCUUUGUAAUAUUAGUAUUCAAGCUGCUUCUAACCAGGACAUAUGAUUUUCUAGAUAGUGAUGCAAAAAAAGAUUACAUGACUUUCCCUUUAUGAAUCCUUCUCUCAUUUGUCUAUGUGUGUUCUUUUUCUUCAGAGCUUUACUGGACAAUGAAAGUCUGAUGGGGGAUUUCUCUUCAACAAAUCAGCUAAGGAGUACCUACAUGUCUGGUAAAUUAUCACUUCAUUCAGGAAUCAACCAGCUAUAUCAGUGACUGUGUUGUAGUACAACAUGAUAUUGACAUGUACUCCUGUUACUGUAUAAUUUUACUAAAAACCAAGAGGCAUCUUCCUUAUCCUUAAGGUGGGCGAAUCCUGACUCUGUAUUGUACUGUAUUGUAGUGCCUUUGGAAAGUAUUCAGACCCCUUGACUUUUUCCACAUUUUGUUACGUUACAGCCUUAUUCUAAAAUUGAAUAAACAGUUUUUUCCCUCAUCAAUCUACACACAAUACCCCAUAAUGACAAAGCAAAAACAGGUUUUUAGAAAUGUUUGCAAACCCCCCCCCAAAAAACGUAAAUAUCACAUUUACAUAAGUAUUCACACCCUUUACUCAGUACUUUGUUGACGCACCUUUGGCAGCGAUUACAACAUCGAGUCUUCUUGGGUAUGACGAUACAAGCUUGGCACACCUGUAUUUGUGGAGUUUCUCCAAUUAUUCUCUGCAGAUCCUCUCAAGCUCUGUCAGGUUGGAUGGGGAGCGUUGCUGUGCAGCUAUUUUCAUGUCUCUCCAGAGAUGUUCGAUCGGGUUCAAGUCCGGGCUCUGGCUGGGCCACUCAAGGACAUUCAGAGACUUGUCCCGAAGCCACUCCUGCGUUGUCUUGGCUGUGUGCUUAGGGUCGUUGUCCUGUUGGAAUGUGAACCUUCGCCCCAGUCUGAGGUCCUGAGCGCUCUGGAGCAGGUUUUCACCAAGGAUCUCUCUGUACUUUGCUCCGUUCAUCUUUGCCUCGAUCCUGACUAGUCUCCCAGUCCCUGCCAAUGAAAAACAUCCCUACAGCAUGAUGCUGCCACCACCAUGCUUCACUGUGGGGAUGGUGUUCUCGGGGUGAUGAGAGGUGUUGGGUUUGCGCCAGACAUAGCGCUUUCCUUGAUGGCCAAAAAGCUCAAUCUUAGUCUCAUCUGACCAGAGUACCUUCUUCCAUAUGUUUGGUGAGUCUCCAACUUGCCCUUUGGCGAACACCAAACGUGUUUGCUUAUUUUCUUCUUUAAGCAAUGGCUUUUUUCUGGCCACUCUUCCGUAAAGGCCAGCUCUGUGGAGUGUACGGCUUAAAGUCGUCCUAUGGACAGAUACUCCAAUCUCUGCUGUGGAGCUUUGCAGCCCCUUCAGGGUUAUCUUUGGUCUUUUUGUUGCCUCUCUGAUUAAUGCCCUCCUGGCCUGGUCCGUGAGUUUUGGUGGGCGUUCCUCUCUAGGCAGAUUUGUUGUGGUGCCAUAUUCUUUCAAUUUUUUAAUAAUGGAUUUAAUGGUGCUCCGUGGGAUGUUCAAAGUUUCUGAUAUUUUUUUAUAACCCAACCCUGAUCUGUACUUCUCCACAACUUUGUCCCUGACCUGUUUGGAGAGCUCCUUGGUCUUCAUGGUGCUGCUUGCUUGGUGGUGCCCCUAGCUUAGUGGUGUUGCAGACUCUGGGGCCUUUCAGAACAGGUGUAUAUAUACUGAGAUCAUGUGACAGAUCAUGUGACACUUAGAUUGCACACAGGUGGACUUUAUUUAACUAAUUAUGUGACUUCUGAAGGUAAUUGGUUGCACCAGAUCUUAUUUAGGGGCUUCAUAGCAAAGAGGGUGAAUACAUAUGCACGCACCACUUUUCCAUUAUUUCUUUUUUAGAAUUUUUUGAAAUAAGUUCUUUUUUUAAUUUCACUUCACCAAUUUGGACUAUUUUGUGUAUGUCCAUUACAUGAAAUCCAAAUAAAAAUCAAUUUAAAUUACAGGAUGUAAUGCAACAAAAUAGGAAAAACGCCAAGGGGGAUGAAUACUUUUGCAAGGCACUGUAAUCACAUUAGACCAAAAAGAGUGUGGGGGAUGGUGUGGGGUGGUUAGGGGACUGAGCUAGGCACUUUGUGCUCUGUAACGCAAGCUAACUAAGAGGGUCCCCAAAGGUAAUUGAGCCAUAUGGCUUUGCUUUCCGGUAAUUCAGACUGGAGGGGAAGGAAGUCAUGAUCAAUAUCUCUCCAUUACUGUCUAAACUCUGUUCAGGAGAACAUGUUUCCUAAUAUUGCCUUUGGGUUGGGGUUUUCGAGAUCUCUGUCAACCUAAGAUAAAACUGAAGACAUUUUGGAAUAGGCAGAGAUUUGCAAUCAAAAAGCAAUCAAAGCAUUGGUGAAUGUUUCCUGUUAUUGCCAAUAUUAUUGUCAGUGUCAUUUCAACUUUAUUGAUGUCUAUCUAUGAUAGACCCUGGCCUGUGGUCUACUAUUACCAUUAUGUAUGGUAUACCUAUUCAAUAGUCUUCCUAUGCCAUUCACAGAUGGAGUGCCCAGCUCUCGAGGGGUUAAGCAAAGCUUCAAGACACAGCUGGCUACCAGUCACAUUAUCAGUCCUAUCUCUACCAUCCAUGGAGCAAGCCCACGAUCCAAUGUAACAAUGAUGUCCGCAUCACCAAUCUGGACUCAAAAUCGGGUAACCCUCAAUGAAACACCUGAGAGUUGUCGAAAGACAGAGGAAAGGCAGGUUGACUUUGGCGUAGGGUCCAACCGGCAGGUAAGUUGGUCAACACCUUACGCCAAAGUACCACAGGACGGAAUAUCAGUCGACCACUUCAGACCCCAAGAUGUCCAUGAAGAAGUCAACUAUGCUGAACCUCUCUCACCUCCCACUGAAGAGGCAGGAGCUGAUGUUGUAUCUUGGCUUGGAUCUGACCAUAAGGAACAAUCCAUGUGGGAUAUGGAAAAGGAGGAAGAGGAUCAGAACAUAGUCAGAACCUGGGUUGCUGAAGAGAAACCAGUUAUGGAAUCUACCAUGAGCCACCAGGUUGAGACCAGCUUCAGUAUGCCAACUGUGUUCAGCACUCAUGCUCAAGAGCUCUACAGCCCUUCAGUGAGCUAUGAGAGAGCACAUUCUGGUUGCUCAGCGAAUAAUGAUAAUGAUGUACGUUUUGAAAUGUUUUCUGAAAAAGAGGAACCUCUACUAGAUCUGAAUGCAUCGGAGGAAAGAGAUCUUGAAACAGCAAGGAAAGAUGCUGAAUGGGUGGGAAAUGAAGGCUUGGAAUCUGAAACUGCAUCAGUGCUAGAACAAGCAUUUGAGACAUUCACAAGCAGUCAAGCUUUUGAGUAUGGGGUGGGGAAAAGUGGUUACAACAAGCCAAUAGAGUUCAAUCAAGAGGACAAUAUGUCAUAUGAAUCUGCUCAAGCAUCCCACGGUUCAGACGAGGCCUUUCACCAUGUUAAAAGAGUGGAGGAAGAUGUUAUUAAUCUCACAAAAGAGGAUGAUGAAAAUGAUAUGUCUAACAAAGAUGAGGAGCAAUCGGAAGCUGAAUUGCACCCCUAUGGGUAUGGUAAGGAUAAUUGGGAAAGACUGGGAGGGUUCAAUAAGGAACAUGAUAUGACAGAAAGAAUCGAUGAGUUCAACCAAGAGGAGAAUAUCUCAUAUGAAUCUGCUCAAGCUUCUCACUGGUCAGAAGAGGUAUUUCACCAUGUUGAAAGAGUGGAGGAAGGUGAUAUACAUUUCAGAAAAGGGGAUGAUGAAAAUGAUAUGUUUAAUAAACGUGAGGAACAAUAUGCAUUGCACCCCAAUGGGGAUGUAAUGGAUGAAUGGGAUAGAGUGGAAGGGUACAAUGAGGAGAAUGGAAUUAGAGAAAGAACGGAUGAUUGGAAAGAAGGAAAGGAUCACAUGAAAGCGGAAGAGAUGAGGAAUAACAGAGAAACCCAACCCAAUCGGUCUGAUCAAGAGUAUAUACCAUCAGGCGGAGAGAAACUGAAUCAGUCUGAGCAAAAGCAUAUACCUUCAGGCAGAGAGAAACUGAAUAUAUCUGACAAAGAGGAUGAUGAUGAGGCAAACUACUCUCAAAAUACUUCUGUUUUAUGGAGGGCUGAGCUAGAAGGAAACAGCUACUCUCAGGACAACACACUGGCCGACACACACCCCCUGAUCCGUUACAAGAGCGACGAGACAGAUACCAACACUCAGGCUUCACACAUGGGCGAAAGUGACUCCAGUGAUGGUGAAGAGGACAGGGAGGUUGGCCAGACAGCAACAGGCACCUGGGGCGAAGGCAAGUCCAAACAGUUUGACACCAUGGAAGAUCUGUAUGAAGAGUCAGAAGGGGAUGUCAUAGAUCAGGAAAGUAACAUGGGCUCCACUCACACAGAGGACAUGGAUGCUAGCCAAACAAAGGAGCAUGCUACACAGGAGAACAAUGAGGAGAAUGCUGUAGAUCAGUUGAUUCAGAAGGCAGAAGAGGAGCAAUCCUAUGAGGAACUUACAGAACCUGGAGAGUACUCCAUUAUGUGCUCUGAUGAGGACUAUAAUGAAGAAAUAAUUGAUAGAUUGGUGGAGCAAGAGUUAGAGAAUUUAUCUAUAUCCAGUUACAAUGAACACUUUACUGGGCAGAUGAUUGAGAGCGAGUCAGUACUGAGUCUUCAAAUUGAGUCUCACACUGAACUUUCCCAGACACAAGACAUGUUAUACAGUGAGGAGGUAGAGCAGAUACACUCAGAGAGACUGAAUCAAACUGAGCAAAAGCAUAUAACCUCAGGCGGCGAGAAACUGAAUCAAUCUGAGCCAGGGUAUAUAACUUCAGGCGGAGAGAAACUGAAUAUAUAUGAGCAAGAACACAUACCCUCAGACGGAGAGAAACUGCAUCUAUCCGAAUCAGAGUAUAUACCUUCAGGCGGAGAGAAACUGAAUCAAUCCGAGCAAGAGAAUAUACCUUUAGGCGGAGAGAAACGGAAUCAAUCUGAACAUGAGUAUAUAACUUCAGGUGGAGAGAAACUGAAUCUAUAUGAGCAAGAACACAUACCCUCAGACGGAGAGAAAAUGAAUGAAUCAGAGCCAGAGAAUAUACCUUUAGGCGGAGAGAAAAUGAAUCAAUCUGAACAAGAGUAUAUAACUUCAGGCGGAGAGAAACUGAAUAUAUAUGAGCAAGAACAUAUACCCUCAGACAGAGAGAAAAUGAAUCAAUCUGAGCAAGAGCAUAUACCUUCAGGCGGGGAGAAACUGAAUCAAUCCGAGUCAGAGUAUAUACCUUCAAACAGAGAGAAAAUGAAUGAAUCCGAGCCAGAGAAUAUACCUUUAGGUGGAGAGAAACUGAAUCAAUCCGAGUCAGAGUAUAUACCUUCAAACAGAGAGAAAAUGAAUCAAUCCGAGCUAGAGAAUAUACCUUUAGGUGGAGAGAAACUGAAUCAAUCUGAACAUGAGUAUAUAACUUCAGGUGGAGAGAAACUGAAUCAAUCUGAAAAAGAGCAUAUACCUUUAGGCGGAGAAAAACUGAAUCAAUCUGAACAAGAGCAUAUACCUUUAGGUGGAGAGAAACUGAAUCUAUAUGAGCAAGAACACAUACCCUCAGACGGAGAGAAAAUGAAUCAAUCUGAGCCUGAGUGUAUACCUUCAGGCGGAGAGAAACUGAAUAAAUCAGAGCAAGAGCAUAUACCUUCAGGCGGAGAGAAACUGAAUCAAUCUGAACAAGAGUAUAUACCCUCAGGUGUAGAGAAACUGAAUCAAUCUGAACAGCAGUACAUACCUUCAGGUGGAGAGAAACUGAAUCAAUCCGAGCCCGAGUAUAUACCUUCAGGUGGAGAGAAACUGAAUGAAUCCGAGCCCGAGUAUAUACCUUCAGGCGGAGAGAAACGGAAUAAAUCUGAGCAAGAGAAUAUACCUUUACGCGGAGAGAAACUGAAUCAAUCCGAGUCAGAGUAUAUACCUUCAAACAGAGAGAAAAUGAAUCAAUCCGAGCCAGAGAAUAUACCUUUAGGUGGAGAGAAACUGAAUCAAUCUGAACAUGAGUAUAUAACUUCAGGUGGAGAGAAACUGAAUCAAUCUGAAAAAGAGCAUAUACCUUUAGGCGGAGAAAAACUGAAUCAAUCUGAACAAGAGCAUAUACCUUUAGGUGGAGAGAAACUGAAUCUAUUUGAGCAAGAACACAUACCCUCAGACGGAGAGAAAAUGAAUCAAUCUGAGCCUGAGUGUAUACCUUCAGGCGGAGAGAAACUGAAUAAAUCAGAGCAAGAGCAUAUACCUUCAGGCGGAGAGAAACUGAAUCAAUCUGAACAAGAGUAUAUACCCUCAGGUGGAGAGAAACUGAAUCAAUCUGAACAAGAGUAUAUACCCUCAGGUGGAGAGAAACUGAAUCAAUCUGAACAGCAGUACAUACCUUCAGGUGGAGAGAAACUGAAUCAAUCCGAGCCCGAGUAUAUACCUUCAGGUGGAGAGAAACUGAAUCAAUCCGAGCCCGAGUAUAUACCUUCAGGUGGAGAGAAACUGAAUCAAUCCGAGCCCGAGUAUAUACCUUCAGGCGGAGAGAAACGGAAUAAAUCUGAGCAAGAGAAUAUACCUUUACGCGGAGAGAAACUGAAUCAAUCCGAGUCAGAGUAUAUACCUUCAAACAGAGAGAAAAUGAAUCAAUCCGAGCCAGAGAAUAUACCUUUAGGUGGAGAGAAACUGAAUCAAUCUGAACAUGAGUAUAUAACUUCAGGUGGAGAGAAACUGAAUCAAUCUGAAAAAGAGCAUAUACCUUUAGGCGGAGAAAAACUGAAUCAAUCUGAACAAGAGCAUAUACCUUUAGGUGGAGAGAAACUGAAUCUAUAUGAGCAAGAACACAUACCCUCAGACGGAGAGAAAAUGAAUCAAUCUGAGCCUGAGUGUAUACCUUCAGGCGGAGAGAAACUGAAUAAAUCAGAGCAAGAGCAUAUACCUUCAGGCGGAGAGAAACUGAAUCAAUCUGAACAAGAGUAUAUACCCUCAGGUGGAGAGAAACUGAAUCAAUCUGAACAGCAGUACAUACCUUCAGGUGGAGAGAAACUGAAUCAAUCCGAGCCCGAGUAUAUACCUUCAGACGGAGAGAAACUGAAUCAAUCCGAGCCCGAGUAUAUACCUUCAGGUGGAGAGAAACUGAAUCAAUCCGAGCCCGAGUAUAUACCUUCAGGUGGAGAGAAACUGAAUCAAUCCGAGCCCGAGUAUAUACCUUCAGGCGGAGAGAAACGGAAUAAAUCUGAGCAAGAGCAUAUACCUUCAAAUGGAGAAAAACUGAAUCAAUCCGAGCAAGAGAAUAUACCUUUACGCGGAGAGAAACUGAAACAAUCCGAGCAAGAGAAUAUCCCAUUAGGCGGAGAGAAACUGAAUCAAUCUGAACAAGAGUAUAUACCCUCAGGCGGAGAGAAACUGAAUCAAUCUGAGCAAGAGAAUAUACCUUUAGGUGGAGAGAAACUAAAUCUAUAUGAGCAAGAACACAUACCCUCAGACGAAGAGAAAAUGAAUCAAUCUGAGCCUGAGUGUAUACCUUCAAAGGGAGAGAAAAUGAAUCAAUCUGAGCCAGAGUAUAUACCAUUAGGCAGAGAGAAACUGAAUCAAUCUGAACAGCAGUACAUACCUUCAGGCGGAGAGAAACUGAAUCAGUAUGAGCAAGACCAUAUACCUUCAGGUGGAGAAAAACUGAAUCAAUCCGAGCAAGAGUAUAUACCUUCAGGUGGAGAGAAACUGAAUCAAUCUGAACAGCAGUACAUACCUUCAGGCGGAGAGAAACUGAAUCAGUCUAAGCAAGAGCAUAUACCUUCAGGUGGAGAGAAACUGAAUCAGUCUGAGCAAGAGUGUAUUUCCUCAGAGGUUAUGUAUUCGGUGCACUCUACGAUUCUAAUGACAUCUGAACACACAUCUCUUAGAGAAAGUUCAGUAGAAAUGUCCAAAGCAGAAUAUUUGGCUCAAGGUAAGGUCUUCAGUAGGGGACUGGGAACUGAAGUUGUACCAGACAAAAUAGGAGAGGAUGACCAGAAGCUUUCUAUGCUGACUCAUGCAGACUUCACUGAAAGCCAUUCUAUCCACAGCAGUUUAAAUAGCAGGCUUGAGAGUCAAACCAACAUGAACAACUUGGAUAUAGAAGAGUCCAACAGCAUAGAUGAUGAGUCGCCAAAUGCAAGCCAGUAUUUGCAACCUGUCACCAAAGCAAAUCUAACUGCAGAUCAGAAAGACUUGUUAGAUGUGGCGGUCUCCCACUAUGAGGAUUGCAAUGCUCUUAUAGAACAUUCUUUAGAGGAGGUCACUAGCAAUCAGGCAAGCCAUGAAUGUCUUCAGACAGAUGAAUGGGAAGUCUUAGAAAGUCCAAACAAACACCUAGAAUCUGGAGAUCCUUUUGCAGGUCACAAGAGAGACUCAGAGAGAUCAUCCAAAACUGACAGCAAAGGCCGGGACCUCCACAGCUUCCUCAGCUCUGGUGUACACAACAACUUCUGGGGUUCCAAUCUGGAGACAGGAGCCCCCUAUCAACCGGAUGAGCCAUAUGACCAUGUGACCGAGCUACCCAAUCAGAACCUAGACUUGGCUGACAACCUAUCCUGGGUGGAUUUGGAGAAUCCACAGGCGGCCAAUUGGAACACCAAGAUGGACAGUGACACACCUAAAGCGUCCACCCUUGAAGAAGAGGACAAACAGAUGCCCCCACAAGUGAAGCAGCUGGUGUGUAGAGAAGUGGUGGAGGGUGUGAAUGUUACUUCUGAAGGUUCUGAAGAUGAGGGAGACUCCUGGUCAUCUGGGGAAGAAUAG